AUGUAUUCGGACCUGCAGCCUGCGAUUCCAUGCGUAGAAGAGCAGUGCGUUGGCUCUCCAUUCUUGGGCUGCAUGGACGCCCUUCAGACCAACUGCAUCGUCCAGGUGCUUCAGGUCUACACCGCCAACGCGCAGUGCGCCUCGAUCCUGGGCUGCAUCGGCCCCGCCAUGGACACCUACCACGCCGACCACGCGGUGACCUCGGAGGACGUGGAGGCUGUCCUGAGGGAGUGCACCUCUCAGGUCGUGAACCAGGCGGUGGCGCUGGACAGCGCUGGUCAGGCUGGUGCGCUCUCGGCCCUGCGCGCCGCCCUGGACGCCACGUUCCCCGCCCCCGCGCGCAUCGUUCCAGAGGACGACUUGCUGCUCGAAGGCAGCGGCGUCUACGUCUGGCCCGAGGUCGACGACUCGCGCGGGAAGGCCUUCUUCCACGUUCAGACCCCGUCCUCGUGGGGCCAAGGCGACUCGGCGGGCUUCUACUUCGGCGAGGGUGGCGCCGUCGUCGUGCAGAACGACCCCUCGAGCCUGGCAGAGGUGGCCGGCGGCAGGUGGGUGCGGACACGGGUCGACGACGAGCUGCAGGUCGACGUCGCCAGGCAGGCUCAGGGCCUCGCAGGGGGAGCGCAGGCGCUGUCCACCGACUUGCCGCCCGUCGUGGGCCCCUCCUCCUGGGCUGCGCUGGACGCCAGCACGGCGGGCGCGUUCUGGAUCCCCGGGGGCACGCCCGUGGGCUGCAACCCCGUGACGGUCCCCGAGGGCGUGGCGUGCUCGGCGGGGCUGCUAGAGGACCUGGGCUCCGACUGCGAGGAGGCCAGCACCACGGCCGGGGCGACCCAGGCGCCACAGACGGUCUGCCUGGCGGACGUGAGGGAGUGCGCGGACGGCUCGUUCCUCUCGCGCGACCCGGCGGACGGGUGCCAGUUCCCGACGUGCCCUCCGGAGGUGAGGGAUUUCGUGACAUUGCAGAUGCUCGUGACCGGCAUAGACUACAGCUUGCUGAUAGCGAACAACGAUCUGCUCGACGCGUUCAAUGAGGCAUGCAUUCAGGCUGCAGCAAGCGCAGCUGGGGUCCAGAUUUCCAACGUGGUGGUGGAUCUCUCGGAGGGCUCGUGGAACGUGAUUGUUACAGCGAAGAUCUCCGUGAUGGACGAUGACGCAGUGGCAGGCAUAGAGAACUCUGUCGCAAGUUGGCCGGGCGACACUUUGGCGGGGCAGGUCAGCGGCAUUAGCGGCAUCGAUGCAGUCACCAAUGGCGAGCCCAUCACCGUAGUCGGUCCUUUCACUGAGGCCGAUCUCACAGACUCUGACAGAGCCACAGGCAUGUUGCGGCCCCUGAUUGUCUGCAUGCCGAUCUUCGCCCUCGUUUCAUUUUGA